AUGUACACACAGCUAUUAUCUACUCUAUCUAUUAUGGCUACCGACCCAGUAUAUAGUAAACAUCUAGAGUGGGCCCUUAGUUUCUUCGCAGAUGAAGCACGACGAGAAGAGCAUAGGAAACAGGCCAAAGCGAUAUGGAAAAAUGAUAUCCCAACACCGGACCAGAUCAACUUCCGGACGCAGAUAGAGAGCAUGGAAGAAGCCAAAGCCACCGGAGCGGAGAUGGCAGAGGUGUGGGAAACGCACAUCAAGGACAGAGAUUGGGACUCCAAAUGGGCUCCGCUGCUGGCCAAGCACGUGGAUGAGAUGGAAGAUAUCGAGGUCAACGAGUUGGCUGCGUACAUGCGCGUCCUGGGCGCCUACAUUUACGCCAUCAAAAGCUAUCGCGUGACCUUGGAGAGAUUGAUGCAGACGUACGUGGAUUUUGGACUAGACCAUGUGUUCGCACCCAAAACCCAUGAAAACCUCACGGCGGCGAAAGGAGGAGAAGCUGCUCACGUCGACAGUGGCCAAUGGGAUUACGUCGCCACAGUCUGCAAUUCUCCCGAGUUCAAGGCUCGCAUGAAAGAAACAAUGGAUGCCGGAACCCUCUCCAUGUUCAUUGACGAAUUUGACGAGAAGAAAAUCUGGGUGGCAGCAAUCGACCUCGACGAGGGUUUAGGCAAAUCGGUCAAAUUGUGGGUGUGGCUUGCUUUUGAUGAAAGAGGCAACAUAGUUGAUAGACAUGUUUCCAAGUGUGAACAACUGGAAGAGCCCUGGUGGAGUAUGCCACGAUAUUGGCACACAUACGGCAACGGAGAAGUCUUGCCAAUGGAGUCAUACCUGUCGCGGAAAUGUUGGGCAGAGGACAACACGGCCUUUGUGAAUCAUCAGAGUUACCUGUGGAAUGAGGAAGAGCAUUGGGUCGAGUUUCGGAUGGACUACUGCCCAUACGGCGACCUGAACGGACUCUAUCACACCUACAGGCGAGAAAACGUCCCCAUCCCGGAACCAAUACUCUGGAUGAUUUUCCAAAAACUCGUCGAACAAUGCCUCAUCAUGGAAAAAGGUUCCGUCCUCGCCAACACGUCCAUCCCCGGCUGGCGCCAAAUUGUCCACCGCGACAUCAAGCCCGAAAACGUCUUUGUCGAUGUCCCCAGCACCAACGGCUUCUUUCCCGCAUAUCCCACCCCCAAAAUGGCCGACUUUGGCUUCGCUUUCGAAACUUCCCCGCAAGAUCCCACUAACCCCGACCAAUGGUCUCGCGCCGGUACACGACCCUAUCUCGCUCCCGAGCAAAUGGGUCUCUCUGUCAUAGAAGACCCGAAUGAAGCUCCCGUCGGAAUCAAACUCCUCGCCCACACCAACAUCUGGGGCAUAGGCAUGCUUCUCCUCCGCCUAACCAACGGCCCCUUCCCGCUCGACGAACAAAAAAAGCCCAUACCCUUCUGGUCCCCCACCACCAACACGAUGAAUUUACCCGGCCACGAAACAAGCUUAUGGGCCGAAACGCAUUAUUCGGAAAAUCUCCUCGCGUUGAUUCGUAAAGCGAUUGUUCCUGAACCGUAUUUACGACCUACGCCGCAGGCGUUGUUGCAUUGGGUUGUUACCGAAAUGGAGAAGGUUUCGGACGGCGUGGGUGAGUAUUGUCGCGCUGCUAAGAAGGGGGCGCAGCCUGGGGGGAUUGGUGAGGGGGAGUUUGGGUGGUUGGUUGGGAGGGAGAAGUAUAAGAUUGCUUUGGCGAGGGAUGGGGGGGAUGAGGGGAUGUCUUUGAGGACGGCGUUGGAGGCGUUGAGGGUUUAG